UUUAAAUCUAAUGUUGAUAAGCAAAUAAUAUAUUCAUUGAACAUUUUCUAAAACACUUAGACAAACUAAAUUACUGAUUGUCUUAUCAGCGACCCAAACAUAAAUUUCAAUAAAUAGCACCGUAGCUUUGUACUAUUGUGUUAGUCUAAAGCCAUGUAUAGGUUACUUUGCUUCUUUGUGAUCAUUAGUCUCUAUUUGGGAAUUAAAGCUGGGACUUCCAUCUUGGAUACAGGAGACAUUGAACAUUGUCCACCAUAUUUUUCACGUGUGGGGCCAAAGUGCUAUCAUGUAUCCUUAGAAAAAGUGAAUUGGUUUGUUGCUGAUCGCAGAUGUAAGGCCAUGAACGCCACUCUUAUGGUAUUCGAGAAUGAAACGGAUCGCGAACAUACAACAGAUCUGCUUAUCAAAAGGGGCGUGCCUUUCAACAAUGACUGGAGAGAUGCUGUAUGGAUUGGCGGUAAUACCUUGGGUCUCCCACGACAUUUUGUGCGCUCUCAUGAUGGAGGCGCACUGCCCUUUACUCCUUGGCUGCCUGGUGAACCCAGUAACAAAAAUGAGGAAUGUAUAGAUUACUAUCGUGUUCCAAGCUCACAAAAGUUUGGAUAUAACGAUACACCUUGUCUUAGUUCACAAGUCUUUGUGUGUCAAACUCAAAUACUAAUAUCAACAGCUUUUAAUUGUCUAAAUGUUUUAAGUCUGUAGAUGUAUAACAAAAGAAUAAUGAUGA